UUCGCAACCCAGGGCUGCUACGGCUGGUCAUCCCAGCCUCCUGGGACUUCGGUUUGCCCGAGCGACGGAGCACCUGGCGAGGGUUCUCUGGGGAUGUCGCUCGGCCACUUUCCACCAGGAACUUAACCCGCCGUGCCUGCAGCCCGGAUGGGACCGCCGGAAUGCUCUGAAGUCUCCAGUGAAUAUUGAAUUGCUGAGGAAUUUGGUAAAAGGCAAGCUGAAGUUCCCAGUCCAUGGAUCCCUUGGGUGCACCUUCCCAGUUUGUGGAUGUGGAUACACUACCAAGCUGGGGCAACUCUUGUGAAGAUCAGUUACAUGCUUCUGAUACUACAGCCGAAACGUAUCAGGAGGAGCCUAUUCGAUCACCAUUUCUUUAUAAUAAGGAUAUCAAUGGAAAAGUGGUUCUUUGGAAAGGAGAUGUGGCAUUACUGAACUGUACAGCUAUUGUUAAUACCAGCAAUGAAAGUCUUACAGAUAAGAAUCCUGUGUCAGAAAGUAUCUUCAUGCUUGCAGGGCCUGAUUUGAAGGAGGACCUCCAGAAACUUAGAGGUUGCCGGACAGGUGAAGCAAAAUUGACGAAAGGAUUUAACCUAGCUGCCCGGUUCAUCAUUCACACAGUGGGACCUAAAUACAAGAGCCGCUAUCGCACAGCCGCUGAGAGUUCCCUGUACAGCUGCUACAGAAAUGUGCUUCAGCUGGCAAAAGAGCAGUCCAUGUCUUCUGUUGGAUUCUGUGUCAUCAAUUCUGCAAAACGAGGUUACCCUUUAGAGGAUGCAACACACAUAGCACUUCGCACUGUAAGGAGAUUUCUCGAAAUUCACGGAGAGACUAUUGAAAAAGUAGUGUUUGCUGUCUCUGAACUUGAAGAGGCUACUUACCAAAAGCUGCUACCUCUGUACUUCCCAAGGUCAUUAAAGGAGGAGAGUCACUCCUUGCCAUACAUACCUGCAGAUAUUGGAAAUGCCGAAGGGGAGCCUGUGGUACCUGAACGGCAGAUAAGAAUAAGUGAAAAACCUGGUGCCCCGGAGGACAACCAAGAAGAGGAGGAAGAAGGCUUGGGAGUUGAUCUCUCUUUCAUCGGCUCUCAUGCUUUUGCUCGAAUGGAAGGUGAUAUUGAUAAGCAGAGAAGACUGAUCCUUCAAGGACAGUUAUCAGAGGCAGCCCUGCAGAAGCAGCAUCAAAGAAAUUAUAAUCGCUGGUUGUGUCAAGCAAGAUCUGAGGAUCUUUCUGAUAUUGCUUCUUUAAAAGCCUUAUACCAAACAGGUGUUGAUAACUGUGGUCGCACAGUGAUGGUGGUAGUUGGAAGAAACAUUCCUGUAACAUUAAUAGAUAUGGACAAGGCUCUCUUAUAUUUUAUCCAUGUAAUGGAUCACAUUGCUGUGAAGGAAUAUGUGUUAGUGUAUUUUCACACACUGACCAGCGAAUACAAUCACCUGGACUCUGACUUCCUGAAGAAACUCUACGAUGUUGUUGAUGUCAAGUACAAGAGGAAUUUGAAGGCUGUUUAUUUUGUUCAUCCAACAUUUCGCUCAAAGGUAUCAACAUGGUUUUUUACCACCUUUUCUGUCUCAGGACUGAAGGACAAAAUCCACCACGUGGACAGCCUCCACCAGCUAUUUUCUGCCAUCUCACCAGAACAGAUCGACUUUCCUCCUUUCGUCCUUGAAUAUGAUGCCAGGGAAACGUGAAUGUGAGAGAGGAUUGGGUUUCAGGUCCCAACUUGCCUCAUUAAUGACCAAGUACCAGACCUGAAGAUAGCAGCUGACUGUCUUACACCAAGCUAAGAAUGCACAGAAGCCUGAGGGAAGGCUCUGAGGUGAUGAGGCAGGCUGGCCAAGGAGUUUGGUGCAGCCUUCCGUGAUGGUGGAGACUGAGGUACCCAGAAUAACUAAAAUGAGCCGUAAAGCCUACACGGCCAGAGCUGCUCCCACCCUUCCUGACAGCUGGGUCUCUACACACACACAGAGUGAGCACUGUCUCCCCAUGGAGCUACUCUCAAGUGAAGCUCACCUGCACAGACCUGGGCACCACACCAGCAUGUGUCUCCUGUCAGGCUAGGAAUCGGAGCAGGGAUGUGCCUUUCACAUCACUUUAGCAGAAUCCAAAAAAUUCAGUGUGGUACACCGAGUUCUCUAAUACUUCCUGCCUGUCCUUACAAGCCACCUCUGAAUGUCCCUGAGCGUCUUCUGAAGCUGUUUCCAACCUAUGCUGUCUCUUACUUUUUAUUUUUACUCUGUGAUAGAUAAUUUUCUGUUCUUUUUUCCGAAAUAUGUGCUUUUUAAGGUUUGAGAAGUACCUGCUAAACAUAGCAUUUGACAGUUUGGUUUAAAUUGUAAACCAAAUUGUUCCAUACUCAUCUUCCUAAGGUCUCCUGUCUCAUGUGAUCAUCCCCAGAUGAAAAUAGCUCUUGAUCAGGCCCCAUGUUCUUGGGGAACUUCUGGGCACCCAGUGGUAACCACAAACUACCUUUUGGGUCCGUGACUCUUCUUAAUCACACCAAAGAGGUUCUGUGUUUUCCUCCUCAGGACAGCAAAAUAAUUGAAGUGGAACAAGGUGCUGCUUCUGCCUUCUCAUUUCAGGUCUCAUACUGUAAACACAUUUCCUUUCUGUGUUCUAUUUGGUGCCCUGUGUUUUGCGUUUUUGCUCUUUGUUGAUUUCUCUGUUUAAAAUGGCUCCCAGAGUGGUGCAGAAGUACUGUCUCGUGUUCCUAAAUGCAGGAAGGCUGUGAUGUGCUUUAUGGAGAAGAUACGUGUUAAACUUCACCCAGGCGUCAGUUAUAGUGCUGUUGGCCAUGAGUUCAGUGUUACUGCAUCACUGAUGUAUAUAUCAUACAGAGGGGUCUGUAAACAGAAACACACAGAAAACAAAGUUGUAGAUGGAUUGGUUGAUGAAAAUGUUGUGACCAGAGGCUCAAAUGAACUUCAUCUUGUUUUCUUCCCAGGGGCAAUGUUUCAGGAUUUGCUAAUUUAGUGUUGGCAGCAACUUUACAGAACGUAACUCCCAUAAGUAAUAAGAAUCAAUUGUAGUUGUGAGCCAGGGAACCCACGCUACUGUGUCCUACUAAAGAGUUAGACACACGUUUACUACCUACUCAAACAAGUAACUUGUCAAACAGCAGCCACGCCCAAGCUCCAGGAAUAGUCUUGUACACGAGGGCUGUAGUUCUUAACGGCAUGCAUCUUAUAACCUGGUAGGGAUACUAAGUUUCUAAAAUUUCUUGUAAACAUUCAGGACAAGUAUGAAUCUGAUAUUAAUAACCAGUUCUCUUACAACAGGAGAUGGACAAAAUCCCUAGCCAGAGGGACUAAGGAAAUGUCUGUUUUGUCUGUUCUUGCCCACCUAUUCUGUCAGCGCUUCUCCUUUCCGCACUAAAAGGUGAUCAGCUACCUGAAAGCUCCUCUUCACAGUCCUGCAUCCGACGAGAAUCUUGAUAAGCAACAAGUUUGUAGGUCCUUCCCCACUCGUAAGAGAUGUCUGGGAAAAGCCUAGUCCAGGUGUUGCAAGAAGGUUAUGUUUUAGAUACUAACUCUAACCACAGCUACUUGCAUCACUAUGGUGAAAAUGACCAUGACACCCUCCUGGGCUGAGCAGGAGAAAGCGCUAAAGUUUAAGAGUAACAGCUGGUGUGCCCAUAUAUUUGCCCAAUUUUCCACGACUGCCAUAUACCUGAUAUUUGAAUGUCAUGAAUCACAUAGAAUCAUUGACCCACUUACCAUACAGUGAAACAUAAAGACUUUCUACUCAAUCAAGGCUAGAUCAUGAUUCUAGACUCUCUUGCUGUGCAUUUCACUACUUUCCAUAUCAUUCUGAGAAUCUUCCUUGUCUAGAACCUCCGGUAUCACCUCUGAGAUCUUUCUUUAAAUACUAACAUCUGUCCUUUGAAUGUGUUGGGACCACUUGCCCCUCCUCAGAAGGGGAACCACCACCUCCCCACUUGUAUUUGUGAUGAUUUGGUCCCUGAUGACCCCUUUCUCUCCCAGCAGAAUGUCAUCACCAGGAGGCUAAUACCUCAUUCAUGAGAGCCCUGUUUUUAUCUAGAUUCUUUCUCACCGUGCUGGUCUGCAGCAUGUGUCUACUUGUGGGAUCUAGGUGGUCUGUUAGAGACUGGUGACCUUCCUGUCACAUAGCAACAAAUUUCAGAGAGUUGUCACUGCAAGCAGUUGCUCUUAGUUCAAGCUUGAAAGUGUGGAAUCUUUAGCAGCUUUAUUUCUAUUGCUGCAGCCAUCUCUCUGCAUAUUGGCUACUUGGGAAAUCCUUGCUAUAAUGCGAUUUGCCAAGCUUUGUCAAGUCUGGAAAUAGGCUUUUGGGUGCUGCGUGCCACAAAAUGUUUUCUUCACAUUGCUGCAGUAACAAAAGGAGUUUUAUUAAGCUUCCGCAUGGGUUUUGGUGAAAGACAGCAGCUUCCCACGUGGACUGUACCCUGCAGCAGGGCAAACGAUGCAGGACCUGUUUUGAACACCCCAGUAUCCACAGUGCUGAGCACAACACCUGCACUAACUAUGUAUUUUUUUCACUGACUGAUUGGUCUAAGUGCCGCCUUGGAGUCUCACAUUAAUCAGAAGCCCUGCCCUUUAUAGUUAAUUCUGGACAUGACAGUAUAAAUAUGCACUCCUUGACUACUCUAUAUUUUGAAAAUAGCCUACUUGUUGCCAGGCAUAUGGGCGGUAUUAAAAUGUUUCACACCCAUUUUUAUGUUUUUCUUGACUUUAUACUGUAAUACUAUCAUGAAAAACAAUUAGGCAUGUAUCUACAAAGCCACGCACUGUAACGGGGGUGGUGGGGGGGGGGGGGGGGCGGGUUGGAGAAGGUAGGAAGAAGAGGAGACAGGAAAAUCAGUGUCUUGCUCUGUUUAAAUAUCUAAAUGGCUUUUGGUAUUGUGUGAGUUAUUUGUAGAGACAUAAAGGUUGGAUAUCUUUUCACCAACAGUGCAUUCUUUGGAAAGUGAGAUAGGGCCUGUCCCUGUUUAGAAAGGCUUAAUUGUAUCCUAUGUUUUAAGAGCUGAAGAUUCUUUUUCUUCUUGUCUUCCUUGUUUAUAGCACUUAACUUGGUAGAAUGUUGCCGAAAGAACGUGGGCUCUGAAACUGGAAGACCUGGGUUUGAACCUCAGCCUCUCAGUUUUUCUUAUCUAUCUGGUCUUUAUCUCUAGACCUUAUUCUCUUUUCAUAAUUAUGUUCAUCACUCAAAAUGUAGCUGAAGAUAAAUUGUAAACUGUAAAGCACAAUAUCUAACUAGUAAAGUAUCAUCAUCACCUCCCUUAUAAAGUCAAGACCAACCUUUUGAUACUGGAUAGUGUAAGGAUUUGCUCGAAUUAUAUCUUUUAGCAAAGGCCUCUGCCCACCCACAUCUAAUAUAAUAAAUGCAAGGACUUUGCCAAGGCAAAUUCCUGAAAAGAACACAGUGCAAGAGAAGCAGUUCACAAAGUUCUGUGAGUUUUGAUCAACGAUUACAUCCUGCUGCAGUGUUAGCAAGAGCUGGCAACCAACCUGAAAUAGAGAAAAGAAGUGACGAAAAUGUCAAGAUUCCUCAAGCAGAUAUGUCACAGAAUGAGUCGGAGCAGACAAGGACGUUGCGUUCAGUGAUAAAGGCCAGGAGAUCUGGCCAUCUCUGUACCAAAUUAUCGCUAUCUUAUUUGAAGAAUCUCACUUUGCUGUGAAGGCUUGAAAACAAACACAUUCCAGCAGAGAAUUGUCAGUCCUGACCUUUGUUCUGAGUGACCUACGGACAGGAAUAGUAUACUGUACUUUCGUGUCUUAUAGUUUUAAUACUUUUUUUCAAAUAAACUUUUGGGAAUAUGCGAUAUGACAGUUGCAAGUGAGCAUUUGCGAAGACUAGAACUUUAUUUGAAUUUGAGGCUGUUCCAGAGAGACUACGUGAUAAUAACGGUACAUAGGAUGUCCUUGUUUGGUCAUCGUACUGGUGAGGUGUGACCUUGCAGAGAUUUUCCAGAAAGUGUCAGAUCUGGGAGUAUGUUGAACUCGAUCGAAUUUUUAACAUGUCUUAAGAGCAUUCCUGUGGGCAAUUCUGAGUUGGAUUUUUUUUAAUUCUCUUAUAGCUGCAAGUGUGAAGAAAGCGCACAGGAAUAGAAAAUGCAUGUUCUCCAUAUUUUCCAGAGGAAAUUUUGUUGCGGAAAAUCUCCUACAUGGUUCCCAAAGCAGUUUUUUUCACUGGGUAAACCAAGAAGCUCUGCACUCUUUUCUCAACCUUUUAUGAGAGAGUCUGAUAUUCUAACCCAAGUUAUCAGGCUUUAACCUCUGGUACAUUUGCUCUGAUGUCCUUAUAUCUGCAAAAGCACACUUAAAAAAUGGGCUAUGCAGGAAAGAAAAGAGAAACUGAUAUCAGUGAACCAACCAAAGGAAGAAAGGGAAAGGAACUAACGACACUGAAGAAGGCACAGAGGGAAAUGGAUUAUACAGUGGGUUGGGGAGGAGUUUUCCUGAAGAACAUCUUGUAUCAGAGGAUGAUUAUGACCAUGUCAAAGGAAAAAUUCUUACAGAACUUCUUUCUUUCUUCCUAGGGGUCUCUGAUCAUAGGAUACACACCAGUGAGUCUGGGGGAAGAAGUGGAGGUAUAAGGUCACAUUUCUGACAAUCCUGAAUUCUGUUUUACAAUCAUUUGAGUUUACUGAAACUAUGUUCCUGCCGUUUGUAUUUAAAAUCUUCAGUAAGCCUCAGAGAGAAGCUGAAACAGCAUGGUGAAGUGAUAAUAACGGCCAGUGCAUAUAAUCCCUUACCAUGUGGUAGGCAUUGUUCUAUAUAUGAACACAUUUGAUUCUCCCAAGAAUCCUGUGAGGCUAGAACUUUUAUUAUCCCCACUCUACAGAUGAGGAAAUUGAGGUGCAAUGAGAAUUAAGACUGAGUCAUUAGCAGAAGGGCCAGGAUUUGAACCUAGUAUUGAAGUCUCCAGGUUUCCAAUUUUCCAACUAAUAGUAAGAGGAGUUCCUUCCCUGAGGACACCCUGUGAAUUGGUGGUGGGGUCGAUGGGAAUUCAGGCUCUCAGGCUCCCCAUGUGGCUUUAUGGGCCUCACGACUGGCACCAGCGUUAAAGGCUGUUAGGCACUGAAGUGUUUAAUGUUGAGCUUUAUACAAAGUGAACAAAAAUAUGCUAGCAACUAAAUGGGAAUGUGUAUUUGAUUUUAGGAUUGAGUAUUUUGUCCUAUCAUUAAAUAUUUGCCCUUUCUAUGAGAAGACUUGUCUCGUCCACCACCCAAAUAAGUGCAUGACCCAGUAGGAAACAAGAAAUUGGUAUUCUCCUGUGGUCACUUGGGAAAGAAUGUUUUUGAUAUGGCGAGACUAAGUUCCAGAAUUCAGCAUGUAGUUACAAUCAGUAAAAUAUACAUAUAUUGUAUAAUAAUACUUUGUUUACUUAUUUAUCCUCUUCUGAUAGUUUCCAACUGUGUUUUGACCAAAUUAAUCAGAAGGAUGAUUUUCUUUU